UGAACCUCUCUUUCUGCUAACAUUUCUUCGCUUCUUUCAUACUAUAUAUUAUUGACACAGCACUGCUUUUCUUUCAAACAUCUAGCCAAGAAAACCAAGCCCUUCUCUUCUCUCUUUCUCUCCUUUGUUUUCUUUUUUUGCCCUACUUUGUUGGGGUUUCAAGUUGUCUACUUUUUCCCACUCUUGGUGAUGCAUUCAAGCUUACUUGCUUCAACUCUGAUUAGUUUCUUGUUACUUGUUAUCAGUUUGUGUGGUUUUUGUGCUGUUAAUCAACAAGGCUUCUUCUUCUUCUUCUUCUUCUUCUUUCAGUUGUUUCAGUCAUGCCUGCUCUUGUUAACUACAGCGGAGAUGAUGAAAUCUAUUCUGGGGGCUCUCUCUAUGCAAAUUCCUCAGACCUUGGUCGAUUAUAUUCAAUUGGAUCCCGUGUGGAUGUAUAUAGCCCUGCUUGCAAGCGGGCUCGCAUUAGUGCCCCAUUUCUCUUUGGAUCAUCUGGGUUUGAACAGAAUAAGCGACCAUCAAUUGAAGUUCUUCCAGAUGAAUGCCUUUUUGAGAUCUUCAGACGCGUUCCUGAAGGCAAAGAGAGGAGUUCAUGUGCCUGUGUCUCCAAGAAAUGGCUUAUGCUUUUGAGCAGUAUCCGGAGGAAUGAAUUUUGCAGUAGCAGUGCUGCAGCCGAAGAAAAGGAAACAGUAGCUCCUGUUCGUAAUGAUGUUGAGAUGGUGUCUUGCGAAGAAAACAGGGAAGUUGAGAGUGAUGGGUACCUUACCAGGUCCUUGGAAGGAAAGAAAGCAACAGAUAUGAGACUUGCUGCUAUUGCUGUUGGGACAAGCAGCCGAGGGGGGCUAGGCAAGCUUUUGAUCCGGGGAAGCAAUUCUGUUCGUGGGGUUACUAACCUUGGUCUAUCAACAAUUGCCCGCGGUUGCCCUUCUCUGAGGGCUCUUUCCUUGUGGAACGUUCCUUUUGUUGGUGAUGAGGGUCUAUUUGAGAUCGCCAAAGAAUGCCAUUUGCUUGAGAAGCUUGACCUUACCAACUGUCCUUCAAUUUCCAACAAAGGUUUGAUUGCAGUGGCCGAGAACUGCCCGAAUUUGAGUUCUUUAAAUAUUGAAUCUUGUUCUAAGAUUGGUAACGAGGGAUUGCAAACUAUCGGAAAGCUUUGCCCCAAGUUGCAGUCGAUCUCUAUUAAAGACUGCCCUCUUGUUGGGGAUCAUGGAGUAUCAAGUCUAUUAUCUUCUGCUUCUUCUGUAUUGACAAGGGUGAAGCUUCAGGCCUUGAACAUCACGGACUUCUCUCUUGCCGUAAUUGGGCACUAUGGGAAGGCUGUUACAAAUCUUGCCCUCAGUGGUCUCCAGCAUGUUAGUGAGAAGGGCUUUUGGGUCAUGGGUAAUGCUAAGGGUUUGCAGAAAUUAAUGUCUUUGACAAUUACUUCAUGCCGGGGAAUAACAGAUGUGAGUCUUGAAGCUAUUGCCAAGGGAUCCGUGAAUCUGAAGCAAAUGUGCCUCCGUAAAUGUUGCUUUGUGUCUGAUAACGGGUUAGUCGCUUUUGCCAAAGCUGCAGGAUCUCUUGAGAGCCUGCAAUUGGAGGAAUGUAACAGGGUUAGCCAGUCGGGGAUCGUUGGUUCACUUUCAAACUGUGGAGCAAAGUUGAAAGCUCUUAGUCUUGUGAAGUGCAUGGGAAUUAAGGAUAUGGCUUUCAGAAUGUCAGUCUCCUCUCCUUGCAGUUCUCUUCGAUAUUUGUCCAUUAGAAAUUGCCCAGGAUUUGGCAGUGCCAGCAUGGCUAUGAUAGGGAAACUGUGCCCUCAGCUUCAGCAUGUUGACCUAAGUGGGCUUUGUGGAAUUACAGAUGCUGGGCUUCUGCCACUGUUGGAGAGUUGCGAGGCAGGUCUUGUUAAGGUGAAUCUCAGUGGCUGCUUGAGUUUGACCGAUGAAGUAGUUUCAGCCUUGGCUAGGCUACAUGGUGGAACCCUUGAAUUGCUGAAUCUGGAUGGUUGCAGAAAGAUCACUGAUGCUAGCUUGCUAGCAAUUGCUGAAAAUUGUCUGUUUCUCAGUGAUCUAGAUGUGUCAAAGUGUGCAGUCACUGAUUCUGGCAUUACUAUCCUGUCAAGCGCAGAGCAGCUCAAUCUUCAAGUCCUAUCCUUGUCAGGAUGUUCUGAAGUAUCAAACAAGAUCUUGCCUUGCCUAAAGAAAAUGGGCAGGACCCUGGUGGGAUUGAACCUCCAAAACUGCAGUUCAAUUAGCAGCAGCACAGUUGAGCUGCUUGUAGAGAGCUUGUGGAGAUGUGAUAUCUUAUCAUAGUCAGGGAGAAAAACAGAUGCUCAUUGACUGAAUCAAAUCAGUGUAAUCAAAGGCAUUGAACUGGAUCAGGAGGUUGAUGAACUCCCGUUUGUCUAUACAUAGAAGGAUAAAAUUUCAUUUAGUUAGUUGGUACGGGUAGCAGCGUUCAGCAUAGUUUUUGGCCCAUCAUCAGUGGGUGCUGCUUGGUUUUCUUCCAUGGAACUUUGGCAGUUCACUUCUCCAUUCUUUUUUUCUUUUUUUGCAGGCUUCCUUCAGACAGAAAGCUUGUGGUAAAUGUUUUUCCCCCAUUGAUGGGAGGCUUCCCCUUUCAUGGCCGUGGUUUCUUGAUAAUACAGUUACCAAGCUCUAUUCCGGAUUCCCACUAGUGGCCACUCCAUUUCCUAUAUCAUCCCAGGUCCUUGUGCUUUGCUGGAUGUAACAUACCCGGUGUUUUAGCUUACGUCUUGCAUUCCUUUGAUGGUUUGUGUCUUGACUAAGCUUUCUUUGUUGCGAUCUUAUGAAGUCUGCUGAAAACUUUAUUGUUUCAAGUGUUUUCUCUAAGAGUCUUUCAGUGCUCGAAUCUCUCCUUCGGUGUUGGUUUCGUGGUUAUCGUGUGCUCCUCUGUGAUCAUAGUGUGUUCUCUUUCAUUUGCGCUCUCAUAAGAGUGGUUUGUAUUGGGCAGUUCUAUACUGGGGUGCCUCAGAUUUGCAGGCUUUGGCGGUGGCAGCUGGUUCAUCCCUUGCCAAUGACAACUUGUUUUCGGGUGUUUUUUUUUCCCACCAAAGUCCUGGUUUCUGUGGCUUCUCUUUGUAUAUGAAUUGUACUCUGCAACUACUUCAAUAAAAUGUAAUAUUUCCUUUUCGUUGUGUAA